UACAAGAUGGCAAAAUCUCCUUUCUAUGAUCAUAAUAACAAUCAUUAUGUUUCAUACAACGUGAUGUUAUUAUAGUUAUGGUACUUUCGUGAAACGCUACUAAAUUAAUAGCGCUCUUAGCGGCGCGAGCAUUUUUCUAUUGAUGGUGACAACGAGUCGAGUACGACAUACUAUCCCGUCGAAACGAGGCUAGAAUUGUCAGUUUCACGCUAUGCUAAGUUUAGUUCGAGUUAUUAAUCCCAUAAAGCCUGGAUAUUCUUCAGAGUCUCAGGAACUGUAACGAAGACUAUUACUAGGUACAACGACAGUAAGCAGUAGACAUGAGCGACACAGAGGAUCCCACUUCUACCAUGAAGUUAGUUGCAGUCACAUGCGGUGCUCUCGUCGGCAGUCUUCACAUGGAUAGAUUCAUAUGUCCAGGAAUUCAUAGAGACUGUAUCGAGGUGAAUGGUAAGCUGGUUACUCCAAAAGCAUUUAUGGUAAUGGGGGACAAGGAAAAACUCAAGGACUGGAAAAGUGCGAUACGCUUAGGUGGUCAACCAAUCAGGAAGCUGAUGGAUUGUGGUCAGCUUGAUUUCUACAUGCACAAUGACAACUGCACAGGAAGAUGUGCAGCUAAGACACCUAAGUCAGGCACAGAUAUUGGUAGCGACUCGGCUAUCUCCUCAAUGGGUCUACCGACCAUGGUCCCUCUUUCUCUCUCAUAUGAUCAGGGAAGUGAUGAUCAUGACUCAUUGGAUAGUAGUGGGAAACUGGCAACGAUGAAGCCGAAUGGUGCAGUCGGUCUAAGUCCGUUUCUGCCUAUUAUCGCCUACCCCCACGAUGUUGAGGAGGACAAUGACUAUGAUGUUGAAGAUCCUCUGGCAUUCUGGCAAGGUAUACAACGGGUUGGCUUGUUUGAAGAUUUUGUUGUUGAAAUGAAGUUGGCCUUAGACAAGCUGCAAACCAGUGUUCUGACGAAUGGCUUGCAGGACGAAGAUGCACAGCGGCUGACCGCAAUUGCGAAAGAAUUACGGCAAAUGAACAAGUUCUACUGGUUGUUAUCAAUGCAAAAGGGUGCUGUGGAGAGAUACCAGGAAAACCUGCAAAAAGAAAUUGCAGGACGCUACCUUUCAGAGCUGGAGAGGCAGAAGCAGCACAAGGAAAAUCGGCAAGAGGAGAUGAAGCGGAAGCGUGAUAGGUUCAAUCAGCUUAUAGACAUGGGUAAGCAAACAAAAGCCAUGCGCAGCUUGUCCAGUAGUCCUGGCAGCUCGUCGGUUGAUGAGAAGAGGUGAACCAGUGCUCUUGUGUGUAGCCGAAGUGGAUUGCUUCACUUUUCUUCAUUCGUGUCAUCCUGCUAUUCACAUUUCUGUUCAGUUCGUAUGAUCUCAGACCUGUUUGGUGAGCCUGCGUGCUCAUGAUCAUGUACCAGAUGGUCUUCAUUGUUGCCUAAGCAGCUGAUUGUGUCUGGCGUAGUAGUACAGCCACUCAUGUCCUGCUGUUAUGCAGCAUGUGAGCUAUUAGGCUGCAGUGAAGACCAGCACUGUGGGUAAAAGCUCAUCAACAUGUUUAGCUUCUAAACUCAUCUGUGCUUCAACUGGAAAAUUGCUGGGACAGAGUUGUCAUCCACAUUUUCAUUUGUAUUAUAAUUCAUUCUUCUAUCAAUAUUAUUCGUGAAAGGCCAGAACGUACGACUUCAAAGAAUAUAUUGCUACGGCCAAACAACGAUAAUAUUAAACUCAUAAGUGUGUGCUAGUUAUGGUUGUGCAACGUCCCAUAUAUGGAAUCAGAGACCUCUAGUCUUAUGUCAGGUGGCAACAUCUCACAAUUUGCGCGUUGCUGUUGACCAUCCUGUCUACGAGUCUGGGGCCUGUUUCACUUAAUUCUGGAUGUAGAUUAUUCUAGGUUGAAUUAAUUGAAGGGCAGUUGAAGUACAGGAUCAUAUAUUGUCAACUGAUGAAAGUGUAAGGUGUCUUGUGCUGCCUGUAUGUUAAUCAAAGUUUAUACCAAAUGUGACCAGUAGUCCCAGUACAACAAACAAAUGACAAUGUAUGUAAAUACUCAUAGUAGAGGUUAGACAGAAUAAUGUAUGGUAAUGGUCCAUAUGCGCUGAAAAUCAUGUCACAUUUACACAUGUUAUUAUAAGAGUAAUUAAUUGAGAUUUGUAGUAGAUGUGGGAUGAAUUGUUGAACUUGCUCAUGGGGUUAUUUUGCUCCAACUCUGUUAACAGUCUAGAUAUUAUAGAAACCAUGCUUAAUUGUGAAUUAGUCUUGAUCCUUCUUGUAGUGCUUAACGUGUAACAAAUAGGGUAUGUCCGUAAAUAAUUACCUAAGUCUGUGGACAUUGUUGAUCACGUUAUAUAGUUACACUUGCAUCGGAUCACUGUAAAUAGUGGUACACGUACGUUGUUUGUAUGUAGUAUUUGUUGCAUUUAUGUCAUGAUUUACAGUUAUUUGCAUAUUAGAUUUUUGUAUCACUGCA